CCACAUAGAUAUUUUUACCACGUCACACACGUCAACUGUCACACUUGUCAUUGAUUUAAACAGUGUUUUCAUUUCACUUUUCAAUCAAUUUGAACGAAUUAAACCUAAAAAAUGCCCGAAGUAGACAUGGACUGGCCUUGGCAAUACAAUUUCCCACCCUUCUACACCCUCCAACAGCACCCGGAAACCCGAGCGAAGCAGGUGGACGCCUGGAAAUCUCUCAUACUGAACUAUUGCGAGCAAACCAAAACCUACACGAUAGACGUAAGAGAAACCGAAAAUCCUCUGUUCAACAACACCACAAUCAACAGAAAACUGGACGGAGGCGUUAUAACAUCCAUAUUGAGCGAGCUGCAGCGCACGGGCAACGCCUGUCCCAUCGACAAGAACAAACACCGUUGGGAAAUCUACUGGCACACCAUCGAAGAAUGGGCCGCUAUAAUUUACGAUUUCGUCAACGAGAGGGGCCUGCAGAACACGGUGGUUACUUUGUACGAACUAACGCAAAGCGAAGAUAACAAGGAGUUGAUGUUCUACGGAAUGCAUCGUGAAGUUCUGAUCAAGGUGUUACGGGAGCUCGAGAACCAACGAAAGUGCGAAUUGAUAUUGGACGAUGACGUAGAAGGCGCGAAAUUUUUCUAGAAUCGCUUAGUAAGGUUUAUUUUACGUUUAAUUUUAAUAUAUACACGAAGUUUUA